AUGGUGCAACUGGAGCUGGUGUGCGCCCGGCUGGCCGCGGAGCUGCCCGCGGCAUGCGCCGCGGCGGGCGUGCGCACGCUGCACCUGGAGGCCCUCGGCGGCGCCGGCGCCACGGGCGGUGAGGACAACCUCCCGGCCACAUCGCUGCAGGGCGUGGACUGCAGCGACGCCCGUGCGCUGGACGAGGCGCUGUCGUGGCUGCGGUCCUUGGGCGCCACCCGAGGCGGCCACGGCGGCGCCUCUCCCCGGCCCCCCGCCCGCGGGCUCCGCCUGGCCGGGGCGCUGCGCCGUGCCGCCACCGCGGACGCGCUGUUGGGCGGGGGGGGCGCGCUGCUGCUAGCUGCCUGCUCCCCGCCCGCGGACCUGGAGAGGUGCGUGGAGUGCGCGCGCAGGACCGAGCUGGUGCUGCAGCUGGUGGGGGUGUUCGGCACCUCGCCCGAGGAUCGAUCCGGAGCCGCCCCUUCGGCGGCUCGCCGAGGCCGCCGCGGACGGGAGCGCGACGCACCUCUUCUUCGGGCCGGAGUAUCCCCGCCACUACGCUGCCGCCUGCCGCCGGAAGCUGCGGGCCUCUCGCAGCGGCUCGCGGCGGAGCCGGCGCGCGGCGCGGCCGAGGACGAGGAGUUCGGCCGCCAGCCUGAGGUCCUCGGCAUCCCCCUCGCCCUCGUCGAGGUUCGAGGGUCGCCCUGCGCGAAGGCGCUGAUGGUGCGCGUUGUCGUGGGCGCGAUGGUGGCACUGCACUCCCGCGAGACGCGCAUCCUCCACGAGAUGUUCAUUCUCCGCGCGAGGAUGCAGUUCCACGAGAUGCGGGUCUUCAGGUUGGCGUGCAUGCUGAUCGAGGUGGACCGCAUGAGCAAGACGCUGGGGGGCGUCAAGUGCACGCAGACCAUCUUCAACCACCAGUCGCGGCACUUCCACCAGUCGUGCUUCCUCCGCGUCCCGCUGGUCUUCCACGAGCUCCACCAGGAGCGGAUCCUCCACCAGUUGCGGGUCCUUCACCAGAAGCGGGUCAGCAAGGAGCACGUGUCUUUCUUGAGGGUGCGCGUGUUCCAGGACAACACGGACCGACGAUCCAUGAGCGUCGUGUCCGUGAUCGGGGAGCGAGAACAGGUGCCUAUCAUCAACGAGCUGCCGCUCAUGCCACUGCCCUUCGAGCUUCCGCGCGUACUUUUCGGCGCCGACGGCGAGAGAAAGGGGCGCCUGAGCCUGAAGAGGAGCGUGCGCCCAUGGCGCAACCGCCGCAGAUAUCCCAGAGACGAGGUACGAGUCGAAGGUCGGGCGCGCGUCCAUGAUGCAACCGCCAAGGUAGAACCCGCUUCGGAUGCCAUACCGAUCGACCUCAAGGGCGUGUUCACUCCGAGGGCCACGCCCGAGUCGGCGGCCAUGCCGAUCAGGCCUGCCGCACGGCCGCCUGCCUGUGCUCCCGUGAGCGCUCGGGUCACGGGGCAGGGGUCGGGCGGCACCGCUGCUGGAAGCACCUGGAAUCCGUUCGCGGUGACGGCUGACGCGAACUCGGCUGCUCAUCGUGUGGAGGCCGACAAGGUCCACGACAGUUCGUGCAGUCUCACUGGUCGAGGCGAUGCCAGUGCUGGCAGUCAAAGGAGGGCGGGCUUCUACGCCAUCCCCGUCACUGGCUUCGCCUGCGGUUCCGUGUUGCUAUCCUACUUCAUGCUGGCGCUCCUCGUCGACGACGAGGGCGAGGUCAUCGACGGCAAGGUCUUCCAGAUGCGCCUCAUCGAGCGUGUCUUGCGGGAGUGCUACGCCGAGGAGCAGCGCUGCGAGGAGGAGCUCAGGUGCGCCGCCCGACUCCUGGACCGGACGCUCGUGGACCCCCAGGAGGUCAGGGCCGCCAUGCGCGAGCAGGGGCAGCCGGGCGCCUCGAGGGGGGAGGCGCGCCAGGAGGGCGUGGUCGUGGCGGUCGGAGUCGUCGUCCUGGACGACCGGGCGUUGGAGAACGCGUUCGCCAUGGCCGUGCAAUCUGGCUCGUCCAACGAUCCGCUCGAGUUCCCCGGGCUCGCCCAUUUCUGCGAGCACAUGGUGUUCUUAGGCACCGAGAAGUACCCAGAGCCGAGCGGAUUCGAUAAUUUCAUGGGCGAGAAUGGGGGCAGCAACAAUGCUUACACCUCCUUCGACUUGACGGUCUAUUUCGGCCAGAUCUCCAGCGCGGUGGGGGCCGAGGCCAUGGACCGCUUCGCGGACUUCUUCAGGAAGCCGUUGUUCAACCGAAGUUUCGUGGAAAAGGAGGUGCAUGCCAUCGACAGCGAACACGCCAAGAACGUCCAGUCGCACAGCAAUCGUAUCAUCGAGACGAUGUACUCGCUUGCGAGCUCUGAUAAUCCGCUGAGCAGGUUCCACACCGGCAACUUGGAGACGCUGUACACAGAGCCGAUGUCCAAAAACAAGAACCCUGUGGAUGCUCUUGAGGUCUAUUUCCAGAGGCACGAUGGCGGAUUACUGCCCUGA